AUGCUUUUCCAAGCUGUCGCGUCUGUUGCCUUCUUGGCCGCCGGUGCCGCCGCCGUCGAAGCCCGUCAGCCAUACUACCUGGCUGUCAUGUCACUUCCUGGCCAGAGCCUAAUGCGUCGCGGCGACCAGGCCUACGGCCCACAACAGCAGCAGUGCAAACAAGGAGGAAAAGAUUGCAGGGAGGCUUGUGGUCCUCAGUUCGACCAGUGUGCCAGCGGCGAACCAGAUACUGUUUUCUGCUUCGACCGCACCAAGGACAACUGCUGCCCCGACAACUCUGGCAAAGCUUGCGCAAAAGGCUACUUUUGCGCUCGUGAUACCAACGGCAAGACCUUCUGCUGCCCCGACUCUACGGACCCCAAGGCUUGCGCCGCCGCAUUGUCCGUCUCUGGUCUCGCCGCUGCCACCGCGACGCCUCCGCCCUCCACCACAUCGCAAGCGCCUACCACUUCCUCGAUUCCCCCGGAACCCAAGACUGGCACUCCUGUCGUUACCACCAGUGAGAAGGACACUUCCAGCGCCCCAGAACCCAGCAUCGGCAAGUCCACCAUCUGGUCCGCUUUCAACAGCACUGUCAGCGCCCACGUUCCCACCCAGCCUCCUGCGGGCGCUCCCUCGGCCACCGGGGCGCUCCCUUCGGGGGCCCUCUCUCCUCCGGGCAACGUCAGCGCCGCGGCCACUUCUGGCUUCAGCGCCUUGCUGCUCGUCGCUGCUGGCAUUGUCGCCCUUCUGUAG